GGUCAGCCGACUGCCGGCGAGGUGACACGGGACGAGACCGGGCUGAUCGGGCAGACGUCUGCGCGACAGACGGAGCAGUGAGUGUGAGCGCGGAGGUGAGAGGCGUGUGGUACAGGUGGUGAGAAGGAUACCCAGUGCGCGGCGCAGGUGGUGAGAUGACCCCCGGUGAGCGGCGCAGGUGAUUGGGUGGGCGCCAUCAUGGGCUGCACGGCGAGCGGGCCGGCCGAGGCGCGCCGUCGCCGCUCCUCAGCCAACUCGACCAAACAGGCCAGCGUCACCUUCGCCGGGGAGAUGAUGUCUUCUGCCGGCACCAGGAUGCCCCUGUGGAGCAGCAAGCCGACCCUGGCCCGGCCCACUCCUGCCGAUGCCAGGAGCCGGCUAGGUCAGAUGGUGGUGCGACACCAGCCAGUACGGGUACUGCUGUGGUUCAGUCGAUCCGACAGCCGCAGCAAGGCACUGUGUCGCGCCUGCACGCGUCUCCAGCUCAACUAUGACGCCGUGUACAGCCAGGAGCGUGCCAUGGAGCUGUUCAGUGCCAAUAGUCCGCAACUGGUCAUCAUCGACCAGCGCAACAGCAAGCCCGUCACCGGCGCGCCCGCCCUACAGCUGCGGACCAGCAACCCCAGCUGCUGUGCCGUCAUGGUGGCGCUCGUCAGCAAAAGCUUCCUCUCGAAGGACGGCGCGGCGACUUCCAUCCUACAGAAGGGCUUCAACCGGUGGCUUGUCGAGAACACCAGCGAAUCUUUCUGCGUCAACGAGCUGGAGCUGCUGGUGAAGAGCGACGCUGAGCCGCAGGCGCGCCUGCACGCCACUGACGCACUGUUCACGGCACUCAACGAGUCCAGGGACAUCGUGGAAAUCACGGACCACGAGUACAACGUGCUGUACGUGAACCGGACGUGUCUGGACGUGCUGGGCCUGAGUCGGGACGAGAUCGUCGGCCACCACCUACUCAAGGUCCACCAGCUGGAGAUGACUCGGCCAGAACAGGCUGAACAGUUGGUGUCCCAGCUGAGUAAGGGCCGGGAGUUCGACGGUCACUUCAUGUGUCGGAGAAGAAACGGCGACAACCUGCUGCUGCCGUGCCGCGCCUUCCCCGUCGCCGCCGGAGGACGAGCGGUGAACCACCUCGUGUUUGUGAAGGAGUGUCCAGCGUUCGUGCUCGACCGACCACCGCCCAUCUCACGGAUCCGUACCCGCGCCAGCGUCCGCUCGUUACGGAAACCCUCGUUCGACCUGCGAACCACCAGCAAUGCAGCACUGGAGGACCUAGAGCGGCUGCUGGCGGCCUCGACUGACGAGGACCCGCCCGAGGGCGACCCUGCCGCCGCCGCCGCCCCCGCCCCCGCCGCGGCGGCGGCCGGUGAUGGGCGGGAACGUGGUGGCAGCCUCGGGCUUAUAGGACGCGUGCUCCAUGUGCGCCAACGCUCAGGUUCACAUGUGGUCGUACGACGCUCCAGUCUGGCCAAGGUGCCGCCGGGAAUCGAGGCGCCCAUCACCAAAGUGAUCGGAAUCAUCCUGGCGGCACAGCAGGCGGCGCCCAUGUAUGUGGCACAGGCACUGGAAAAGGGACUGGAGAUCCUCAAGUCGACCGAACUCUACUCCCCACAGCUCAAUGUCCCGGGGAAGGAGACGGUUCCCAUGCAGGACCCGGUCACCAAUGACCUGCUUGGGGCGCUGCUCUCGCACGGCCCAUCUCCUUCCUCCGAGUCUACGGUGGCGCGGCGCCUCUCGGAGGGCAGCGGUCGACACCGGACCGGUCGGCCGUCGCUGCCCAACAUCCAGACCAACUCCACGGCCAUCUGCAGCCUGCUCGAGCGCGACAUGCGCUGGGACUUCGACAUCUUCCAGCUGGAGAAGAUAACCAACAAGCGGCCGCUCAUAUGGAUGGGAAUGGACGUCUUCCUCAAAUUCGACGUGCCAAACACACUCAGUAUUGAUAUCAGCACUCUGGAGAACUGGCUCAAUCUGAUUGAGGCCCACUACCACUCCUCCAAUUCGUACCACAACUCAACACACGCCUGCGACGUGCUCCAGUGUACCGCCUACUUCCUGGAAAAGGAGCGGCUCAAGAGCGUGUUCGACGCCGUCGACGAGGCCAUCUGUUUGAUAGCCUCGGCAGUGCACGACGUAGACCAUCCCGGCAAGAACAGUGCGUUCCUGUGCAACUCGCGGAACGAGCUGGCUCUGCUCUACAACGAUAUCAGCGUACUCGAGUCACAUCAUGCCGCGUUCGCCUACAAGCUCACCCUUUCCGACGACCGCGUCAACAUCUUCAAAAACUUGGACGAGGCUACGUACAAGCGGACCCGGACCGGUAUCAUUGACAUGGUGCUGGCGACCGAGAUGAACAAGCAUUACGAGCAUCUCUCAAAGUUCGUCAAUGUGUUCACAGCGCCCACAGUGGCGGAUGACGAGUCGACAGAACUGGACAUUGACCGUCUCUGCACUCCCGACAACGUGGUACUCAUCAAGCGGAUGCUCAUCAAGUGCGCGGACGUGUCCAACCCCGUCCGACCACAGAGCAUGUGUGUCGAGUGGGCAAAACGAAUCGCCGAGGAGUACUUCACACAGACGGAUGUGGAAAAGGAGCGAAACCUGCCGGUGGUGAUGCCGAUAUUCGACCGCGCCACCUGCUCGAUACCCAAGUCGCAGAAGGGCUUCAUCGAGUUCUUCAUCAACAGCAUGUUUGAGGCGUGGGAUUCGCUGAUUGACAUUCCUGAGCUGAUGGACCUACUGGAGGAGAACUACCAGUACUGGUGUGACCUGGAGCUGGCGGAGAGCCGCGGCCAGACCGACCUGAUGCCCCCGCCGCCGCCGCCGCCCCCCGCCGCUCCCACACCGCCGCCGGCAGCGGCACCGGCGGCGCCCCAGGCCGACAUUGCCGAGGAGAGCGGCGGUGACUCGAGUCCGGCCGAGGAGGAGUCGGCGGCGGCUGCCCACUGACGCCACCCGGCCGCCGGCCACCAGUAGGGCGCCGCGGCCGCGCGCGGCGCCCCGCGACUGGCCGGCCGCCGCGCACGAACAGACUACGGCAAUAGUGCGCACACGUUCAGUCGAUGUUAGCGAAAUGGGACACUCCGGUGACGUGUAUUUGGUGAGCUGCCCGGUGCUGCGGCGAGCUCACCGUGCUAGGCAUGAUUGCGAAUUCCGGCCGGGCGAUAUUUUCGUGUUAGGAAUGGCGCCGUAUCCGUGAGGUCCUUCUGUGUAGCCAGUAUUGGUUAUUUCUGAUGGCGGUGCGGGCCCGACUGCCGGAGCUGGUCUCCGGGCGGCCGCCCUCAUCCCUCCGCCGCCCCCGCCCCCGCCACCGCCGACCGCCCGGCCGGCCGCGCGACUGGACGGUGAUACACCUACUGCCUCAGACUUCCCGGCGCGCCGGGAUCCAAUGCGAGUGUGAGCGUGCGCACGUGCGCGCUGCCCGGUGGUGCCAUCCCUCUGUUCUGCUGCGACCAUGACCCCAUCUUCCUCGGCCCGCGCUCACGGCGAAACGGGCGCGCGCCACACGAGCCCGCCAAACCGCCGUAUUUUUAACGGAACGGUCCGCUGCCGGCCACCGUUUAGGUGUUGAUGUUUAGUAAUGGAAUGUGCCAUCGCCCCGUGGCCAAUAGAUGUUGUUUUGGCGAGCGGCGGAGGAGCCCCGAGCUCCCUCCUGCCAACGGAAGAUCACCAUGUGUCAAACCGUGCGACCGCCGCCUGCGUGACACGUCUCGUUUUCAUAGUUCUUUACUGUUCUCCGCUGAGAGUUGUCUGUUUAACAUGUGUCGUAUGUGACUGUGUGAGUGAGUACGUGCUUUAUGUAACGGUUGUACUUCAGUCAUGCGUCAGCUGGCUUGGUCCGACAGAUCGCAGGACUGGCCGACUGCUGGUCCGACAGACCAGCAGGACUGGCCGACUGCUGGUUCGACAGACCAGCAGGACUGGCCGACUGCUGGUCCGACAGACCAGCAGGACUGGCUGACUGCCGGUUCAACAGACCAGCAGGGCUGACUGCUGGUCCGACAGACCAGCAGGGCUGGCCAACUGCUGGUCCGACAGACCAGCAGAGCUGGCUGACUGCUGCCGUUGUUGCGUGCGGGUAGCGGGCUGUAUGUCAAAAUCCCAGACGCAGUUGCCAAAAGGUUGUCUAGAAUGCAUUAUUGGGGUGUCGGUACACAUGUCACCCCACCAGAAUUUAGCGACAUCAGUGCCAUUUCAGCGGCCAACGCCUGUACGGUAUGUGCGAGAUCCACGAUGAGUGGGGCUGGCUGUGGCUUGUUCCCGGCCAUCCGUCUGUGUGUCUGUGUGUGGCGCCGGGCUGGUCCCGAGCGCCGACCCUUUGCACGCGGCGGCUUGUUGUUGACCCCCGGCCCCAGGGCAGCUGCCCGUUCUAGGCACCCCGACUCCGUACCUGCGCCCGAUGGCAUAUACGUUUUGUACGCACGAGAGCGAGGCGAACGCUGACAGAGAGUGAGUGUGCGAGAGAGAGAGAGAGAGAGAGAGAGAGAGAGAGAGAGAGAGAGAGAGAGAGAGAGACCGCGCGCGGCGCCCCGUGCCGGCGGGCGGGCUGAACUCGGCUGGUCCGAGGUUCCGGCCGUCCCUCAUAGAUGGCGCGCUCCGACAAAUUCGCGCCGGUCACAAUGCAGCAUGUGAUUAUCGUUUAUCAGCGUACCGUUUGUGCAGAAAUACAUGUACAAUUAACGUG